AUGACUCGCUCGAGGAAGAAGAGACUUCCUUUGGUUAUUGAGUCAGGGAAGAGAAGACCAAACUCAGUGAUGAUCGCUGCAAAAUUUGCAACUGAGUGCAACAUUGCAGUAAGACAAAUUGUUCCAAUAUUUCCACAUUGGAAGGAAUACAAGAAGUAUCCUAAGAUGAUCGACGCGUACAUAUCGAGAGUUGUUUCAAAGUUUCAUAUGGAUGCAGAUUCAUUACCUACGAAAAAAGCAUGUGUGGCUAUGUUGAAGAAAGCUGUUCGCCAGCAGCGCUACAAGCUGAAAAAGAGGUAUUUUGAUGCUUUGCCACUACAUCUGGUGCCCAAAACAUCUCCUGUGGACACAAUGACUAAUGAGCAAUGGGAUAAACUUGUGGAACACUGGAAAAAUGAGCAAAAAAUGGUGACUUGUGAGAAGAACAGAGAGAACAGAAGCAAAGUGCAGUUCCAUCAGACCACUGGUUCUCGCAGCUAUGAAAUGCAAAUUGUAGAUUUGGCGGACAAGUACAAAAACGAACCACCAAAUGCACUGGAACUAUUGAAAGAGAUGCACUACAACAAAAAGAAAGGAUUUGCUCCUGCAGUUCAAUCUCUUAUUGCUGAAAUAGAGGAGAAGCUGAAUGAACCUGUAGAUGAUGGUCUUCAACCAAAGGAUGUGACUGAUGUGGUCUCUCAGCCUCUUGUUCAGAAAACUAAGAAGAACAGGUUUCUUGUAAAUGUGGGGCUCCAAAGCAAUGCCACACGUGUUAGUGCUGAGCAUGACCUAGAAGAGGAACUGGUGGUGGAGAAACAAACAUCAAGUGAUCUUAGGGAGGUUGUCAAGGCUCAACAACAACAAAUGGAAUAA